GGAGUAUUUUGUUAAGAAACUUUGUAUAAUGUCAUGCAUUGCAUGGCGAAGAUAGUGUUUGGUGACCUAAAACCUAAAACAGAAAGCAACAUGCCAAUCAUGUCGGCGCCCGCACUCUUCUCCACCGUUAGCGCCGCCACGGCCACUGCCACGAUCUUGUUCUUAAUCUGCAAGUCUCGUCUCAUGCACGAAAAGAACCUCACAACACACCAUCGCCAACAACCCAAACGCAAUCCCGAACAAUCCAAACGCGAUCCACGUGGCAAGAUGCUAUUCGUUUCCCAAAUCGGAACUUCAAAAGCCCUAGCGACGCGCCUCUGCGAUUUGUUAGAGUCGAAAGGCGUCGUUUUGGACUUCGUAGAUGCCCGGAAUUACGAGCCCGAAGCCCUACCCAAGGAGAACCUCGUCGUCCUCGUUGCUUCAACUUCGGAAGUUUGGAACCUACCUCCCGCACGGAAUUUCUCCUCCAAUCAUGACCUACCUUGGGGAGCAGAGUUCUUCGUCGAUUGGAUCAACAAAAAAGCGAACGCCUUUAAGGUUGGAGCGUUUGUUGUGAAUGCUUGCAGUUUCAGUGCCUUUGUCGUGGGCAGCGAGGUUACUGAAGGUGGCAAGAAUUUGAUGGCUAAGGCCGCCAAUGAGAUUAGGGGUUUGGGGCACACUGCUGAAUGGAAUGCGGAUUUUGACAGCUGGUGGGGAAGUGUUGUUGCGGUUUUGCAAGGUGCUGUUUUGGGAAUAUGCGGUGAAUCUGAACCUGAGGAUGUCGGUUCUUCUGAUCUAAAGCUAUCCAUGACACAGCGUUUAUAUAUGUUUGUGAGAAAUCUUGUAAGUGUGCAAACCGAGCCUUAUGGGAGAUUCUCUGAUACCAGCAGGUACAGGAUGUUAACUAUCACUGACGACAACUUUAUGAAGAAUGGCACUGUUGAACUUGAACAAGUAUGUCAUAUACCUGCCCAAUGGCCUCUUAGAGAUGAUCUAUUGAUCGACAACGGUGUGUUACCAGAUUUUCAAGGAUUUUGUUCUGUUGGUGGCUGCUUUUACUUUGCUGGUAUUGCGCGUAGUCUUAUAACACAUCCGAACGUGGGUUAUUACGAUCGUCGCUACUCAAAGCUGUGGUGCCUUAAGUAUGAGGAUCCUACUUGGGUUUGGAGUCUAUGUGGAACCAUGUUCUGCUCCCGAUUAAGUCCCUUUGUAGUCCCAUACGAUGACAAAUUGUGCACGUUUGGGGGUGCGUGUGGAAUGGCAAAUUGGGUUGAGAUCUAUAGCCUCAAAUCAGGUCUAUGGGAAAAAAGGGAAGUGCCCGAUAGUGCUCUCUUCUUAGGUCUGCCUACCUCGUACUUUCUGUGGGAGGACCGCACCAAGAGUAGCAAGAAGACCCUCAUUGUGUUGUAUUCUUUUGAGGAUAAUCAUCAGUUGCUCAUGUCAUAUGACGUCAAGGCUAACAGAUGGGAAGAAGUUGAGUGCAAUUUUCCGCCAGUUCCUGGAUUUUGUCCUAGAAAAUUAGUUCGUUUGGGAGGUAGCCAUUAUCUUCUGAUUGUAGACUCCGUUCCAACGUGGUAUAUUUAUGACUUGUCUGAGAAGAAGCUUGUGGCAAUAGUGCACGUGGAUGGUUUGGAGGAGGACUAUGUGCGGGUAUCAAAUAUUUUUUGUUGCCACCACAGUAGCAAAGAAAGUUUGAUCUAUAUAUUCACAGAACACGAGUUCGUGCAAGAGGAGGAGCUAGAGGAAGGGUCAGAUCUUCCUCAUCUUGUUCCUUAUGCCAGAGUUAGGCUCCAACUCCAAACUUUUUCUGCCAAGAUUGAAUCCAAGGGUUAUCUUAGAGUUGGUCCUCAUAUACAAUACGAUAUGUUUGCUGUUGGAGAUGAAGGCAAUAAAGAGAAGAGUGUAGUUUAGUAUAGGGGUGUGGUGGAUAUUAGGAAUUAGAAUUUGAGCAUGAAUGACAAGUAGCCAAAGAAAGAAGUGAUGGAUAGCAAAGUCAUAUGAAAGCUCUAGCCACCUUGAAUCCAACUUUGUUGCCAAGACAUGCAUGCCAAUCUGCCUCUACAAGUAAAGUAACAAAUAUUUUGUAAACUAUGUAUUUACCUCUUUGGCCCUGAAACACAGGACUCAACAUCUCCCAAGUCUAAAUGCAACUCAGAUGUAUAUACUCUUCUAUCACCAU